AUGGACAUGGCCAACACCUUGUUCACUCCUGUUAAAGGAAAGCCUCUCAGUCCGUUUAUUUCCAAGCUCAAGCUGCUUCUCAAUGAAGAAAAAUAUCGUAAAGCCAUCCGGUGGUCUGAAAAUGGUGGGGCAAUUCUCAUUUCCGACGGUGAAGUAUUCAAACGCCAGGUUCUAGACGAAAGCGCAGAAAUGUUCAAAACCAGGAACUUUACCAGCUUUGUAAGGCAACUUAACCUGUACGGUUUCCGAAAAGUUCCCGUUAACGGAAAGGGUGAUCCUUCAAAAAACAUGGAGUUUGAACAUGUCCAUUUUAAACGAGAUAAGCCGGAACUAAUGCAUUUGGUCAAGCGAACCUGCCCUUCAAGGAAAAAGAAGAGAGUUGCUCAAGGAACGUUGACUAGCAUCAAAAGAGAAAGUCCAUCUUUUCGAGAACAACGUCAUGACAAAUUCAAGUCACCUGGAGGAGAGGAGAGAGUCUCUGGAAAGUUAAGAAAAAACGAAAGCAGUUUCUACAGCGAAAGUCCGAGUUCUUCGCCGCGCAAUGAAAGGGAAAGCGAAGAGGAAUCGACUGAAUUCAAUCACUCGAGUCACUCUCCGUUUGAAGCAGCACAGAACAACGUUGGAAAUUCCCUACAAGAAUAUUACUAUCAAAGAUUUCAAGAAGAACAGAUCGCAGUUCAGCUUCUUUUGAAUUUGCGUUACUCGUCGUCUUCGCCUCAAAGUUGUGAAAAUUUUCAGCCACAGCCAACUGCUUACGAUCCAUCUUGCGCCGGAUAUUCCAUGUACAUGUACCCUUCGGUACCUUUUUAUGGCCAGUACACUUCCAUGUACUAA